AUGCAUCCAUCAAGACGUCAUCACUUUCUUAAUGUUGCAAGAAACAUGAAUAAUUAUGUUACGGCAGCAAAUCAUCAUUACUAUCGACGACAAUACUAUCAAUCUAUUCACGAUCGAGUUAACUAUCUUACUAUGUAUCAAAGACCGGCAUUAGUGAAUGCCGGUCUUAGUGGUCUAUUUGCCUAUGGAUUAAAUUAUAUUGGUAUGUCACCAUCAGUGGUUAAUUUUGGUUAUCGUGUUGGCUACUUUUUUGAUAUAUGGUUUCAGUCAGUUAACAUAGUUUUGCGUUUUUUUGUUUUUGUUUUAAAUCAAAUAUUCAAACAACCAUUAUCUAUAUGA